AUGGAGAAAGCCAAGGAACAGGUCAAUAGAACCGUUGGUGGACAAUCAGACAACGACCAAUUCACUUCAGGCUACCAACACCCCGGCCAGGAGCAGAGCAAGCCCGGAUUGGAGCGAGACCUUGAGCCCAAGCCGAUAAAGUCUCACCUCCCAGCGGAUGAGGGGCUUUCUAUGUAUAAGCCUACAGGGAAGCUAGGCGGUAAGCGUGCUGUGAUCACCGGCGGUGUUAUCAACAAUGCGUCUGUGGAUGCGUACAUCGGGCCACCAACACACAUUGACUACGCAGCAACCAAGGGCGCAGUUGUGGCGCUGACGCGUGCCCUCUCAAACCACCUGGUGUCCAAAGGCAUGAGAGUGAAUGCCGUAGCACCAGGUCCGGUGUGGACGCCAUUGAUUGCUAGCUCGAUGGGCAAGGAAUCGCAGGCAUCUUUGAAGGAAUGGACGCCAAUGGGGCGCAUUGGCCAGCCUAGCGAGGUUGCCACUUGCUUCGUCUUCUUAGCAAGCCAUGAAAGCAGUUUCAUGAGCGGGCAAACCCUACAUCCAAAUGGUGGGAUGAUGGUAAAUGGCUGA